CGGACGCAGCAGUUCAUCCUCCCGCCUGCGUGCCGUUGCUUGGCAACCGGGGAAGAUGGCGGCGGCGGCGGCGGCGGCUGCGUCGGCCUCGGCGGGAGGCAAGAAGGGCGGCCUGGGCCUGGGCGCCUUCCUGGCCAAGGAGGAGGAGUACAAGCGCCUCAAUGCGGCCCUGGAAGCCCAGGCGGCGGAGCUGGUGCGCCAGGCGGAGGAGGCCAUGAGGGAUCAGCAGGAGGCCCUGUCCCGACCGCUCUCUACGCAGCUGGAGCUCCUGGAGGAAGAGGCCGAGGCCCAGCGGCAGAGAGCUGUACUUUCUCCCGGUUCGUCUGCUCCUCCCUCCCGUCAGCCCCUCAGCAAGAAGAAAUCCAGUUCUGCGUCUGCAGCCGGGAAGAAGGAGAGGCGGCCGCUUUCAAGCGCCAAGCCCAGGCCCCGCCAUGCGCCCCUCGCGGCUGAGGACGUGGCCGUGCCAGACUUCUCUCUGGCCAAGAUCAUUGGGAAGAUCGAAGGGCAGCUGGAGGAAGGAGGAGGGGGCCUGCCCGAGAUGCCCGAGGACCUGAUCCCCGGCGGGGGGAGCCAGCUCGGUGCAGAGGCCCAGAUCCGGUUCCUAAAGGCCAAGCUGCGCGUGAUGCAGGAAGAGCUGGACGCCAUGGUGCAGGAAUGCGCUAAGAAGGAGGACGAGAGCCGGGAGCUGAGCCUGCGCCUGAAGGAGGCCGAGGAGGAGCGCGGGCGGCUGCAGCGGGCGGCCAUGGCGCAGCAGUCCCAGGCCGAGAAGCACAAGACGCUGGCCGAGGAAGCCGGGCGGAGGAGCGAGGCGCUGCAGCAGAGGCUCUUGGGGCAGGAGAAGGAACUGGAGGGCCUGAAGCGCGCCCAGAAGCAGGCCUCGGCCGGGCAGAGCAGCAUGGAGGUGCGCCUGAACCGGGCCCUGGAGGAGGCCGAGAAGGGCAAGGCCGAGCUCAGCAGGCUCAAGCAGGCCACGAAGGAUCUGGCCAGCCAGGAGCAGAAAAAGAUGGAGGAAAUCAAGGCCGAAAACAAGCGCCUGGCCAAGCAGAAGGAGGAGCUGAUGGCCGCUUUCAAGAAGCAGCUGAAAUUAAUCGACAUCCUGAAGAGACAAAAGAUGCACAUCGAAGCUGCCAAGAUGCUCUCCUUCACGGAAGAGGAGUUCAUGAAAGCCCUCGAAUGGGGACACCCUUAACGAUGCAGGAUGCAAAACGGAAUCGGACCCACCCAACGGCUCCACUUUGGAACUGGUUUUGUUCUCAAACGGUUCCUCUGUGUUCCUUCAUUCCUCCCUCACCCUGUUUGAGCUGCUUUCCUGCCUAAUACGAGGCCCAGAGCCAGACCGUUCAAGUCUCGCUCCAUUUGGAGGCCUCCGGAUUCCCGGCUGCCUUGAGAUGCCUCCGUCCCAUUACUGUUUGCAAAAUAAAGGCAUUCUUGACUGAA